AUGGCCUCCAACCCAUUUGCUUAUUACCGGCGAUCAUGGCGAGUCCUUCACACCUCUAUCCUACAUCACUUCCCAUUGACCGUCAACAUCAUGUCUUUUACAACAACUGUCACUGCGGCACCCCCGCCCGGUCAGCCAGAUAUUGCUUACGCUCCAAACUACGAAAACUACCAAGCCAGAACAGCCAAGCGACUCAAAGAGGGGAACCUUCCGGCUUCGGUCCCGGAUGGCUUCCCAAAGCAAUUGACGGGAGAUCUUGUCUGGGAAGGCGACUCAGUUGGCCAAAGUUAUGACUGGACUUUUAAAUUGUCUGAGGAACAGCUCGGCGAGAUUGAUCAGGCUUUGCGGCAUUUCAAAGAUCUUGGCCUUUCACUUGGACACAUCUCGACAGAGACAUUCCCUCUACCCAAGCUACACUCAGAACUCCGCAAGUUAUCCGAUGAGCUACACAAAGGCCACGGCUUCUUCGUCAUCCGCGGCGUCAACGUAGAUAACUACACCCGCGAAGAAAACGCAAUAAUCUACGUCGGCAUCUCAUCACACAUCGCAUCACAGCGCGGUCGUCAGGACAGCAAAUUCGACGGCAAACCCGCCGACGUUGUCCUCACUCACGUCAAGGAUCUCAGCGCUGGUCAAGAUAAAAGCGUGAUCGGAAGUCCAGCUUAUACUACUGACAGACAGGUCUUUCAUACUGAUUCGGGUGAUAUUGUGUCGCUGUUCUGUCUAGAGACGGCGCUGGAGGGCGGUGCGAGUAGGAUUGCGAGUACGUGGAGGGUUUACAAUGAGCUGGCGAGAACGAGGCCUGAUUUGAUUCAUACCUUGUCGCAGACUUGGGAUGUUGAGAACUUCGCAAACCCGAAUAAGAAGUUUACGACUCGGCCGCUUCUCUAUCAUCAAAAGGCAACCGAUACACUACCUGAGAGAGUUGCCCUGCAGUACGCUCGCCGAUACUUUGUUGGAUUCGGUGCACUGCCACGGAGUCACGACAUCCCACCUAUCUCAGAAGCUCAAGCCGAAGCACUCGAUGCACUUCACUUCUUGGGGGAUCAACUAAGCGUUUCAACAAACUUUGCAAAAGGCGAUAUGCAAUUCAUCAACAACCUUGCCGUAUUCCACGCUCGAGAUGCAUUCACCGACUCGCCGACGCAUCAACUCCUUACGUCACAAGAACGGCAGAGGCUGAAGGAGGAGCUGCUAGCAACGAACGAUGAGUUCAUACGACAGAUCCCCAAGGUCGAAAUGCACAUCCACAUCGAUGGAAUGAUCACACCAGAGCUUCGAUGGAAACUGGCCCAAAUAAAUGGAUUAGAAGUGCGCAUGGGAAAGAACAAGCCCAUCAUCAAAUCUCUGGAUGACCUGAAGAAAGCCUACGCAUCCAUCAUAUCAUCUUCCCAGCGACACCAAUACGAACAUCUCGAUCCGUCUCUGAUCCCACCUACCUUCUUCGAAGCCUACUAUUCUAGCCACGAUGUCCUCCGAAAGCGACAGGACUUUUAUGACGUCGCAAUGGCGUAUUUUCAAGGCGCUUCGGAGAUGAAUGUGCGAUAUUGUGAAGUGUUUUUUGACCCGCAGGCACAUACCAGCCGUGGUGUUUCUUGGGAUGAUAUGAUGGGAGGACUUCGUGAUGCGCAAAACGAGGCAGCCAGGACCCUAAAUGUCAAAGCCGCUUGGAUCAUGUGCUUUCUUCGCGAUCAAUCCCCAGACUCUGCGAUGGAACACUAUAAAGCAGCGCUUCCAUAUCGAGACAUGAUUAUUGGUAUUGGUCUCGAUUCAAACGAACACAAACGGCCUCCUGUUCUAUUCAAGGAAGUCUUCCAGCAGGCUAAGAAGGAUGGUUUCAAAAUCACAGCGCAUUGCGAUGUCGGUCAGGAAGACACAUAUCAGAACAUCCACCAGCUCAUCUCGCCCUCAGAGGGAAUUCUCACACAUCGCAUUGACCACGGCCUAAACGCAGCAGACAAACCAGAGCCCUUAGAGCUUAUCACGAGCCAAGGUAUCGGCAUGACAAUCUGUCCUUGGGCUUAUCUGCGGCGCUUCAAUCUUGAGGAAAUUGGACGGCGUAUGCGGACGUUGAUUGAUGUAGGUGUCAAGAUUUGCAUUUCUAGCGAUGACCCUCCAUUCAUGGAGGGCGCGUGGAUUAUGCAUAAUAUGCUGCUUGCAAGACAGUUGUGUGGCUUGUCCGAAGAGGAUGUUGUACAGAUGAUGAGGGAUGCGGUGGAAAUUUCUUGGGCAGUUCAGGACGUGAAGACGGAAAUUUUGGCAGAGCUUGACAGGAAUUCAUACAGAUCCAGGAACAAAGGAUAG